CCUCGGCCCCGCAGCCGCGCCAGCCUUGAAAGGACCGGAAGUGUGCCCGGCCUCCUGGGAACUGGCGCGGCAGGAUGGCAACUAAGCGGCUGGCGGGGCAGCUUGGAUUGAUUAGGAGAAAGUCAAUUGCACCAGCAAAUGGGAAUCUAGGAAGAAGCAAAUCCAAGCAGUUGUAUGACUAUCUAAUUGUCAUUGAUUUUGAGUCUACAUGCUGGAAUGAUGGGAAGCACCAUAAGAGCCAGGAAAUAAUUGAAUUUCCAGCAGUCUUGCUAAACACAUCAACUGGAGAGAUUGAAUCAGAAUUUCAUGCUUUUGUUCAGCCCCAAGAACAUCCAAUUCUUUCUGAAUUUUGCAUGGAACUGACAGGCAUAAAGCAGGCUCAAGUUGAAGACGGAGCCCCUCUAAAAAUUUGUCUAUCUCAAUUCUGUAAAUGGAUCAAUAAGAUUCAACAACAGAAGAAAAUUAUGUUUGCAACUGGAGUUUCUGAACCUUCUGCUUCUGAAGUAAAAUUAUGUGCAUUUGUUACUUGGUCAGACUGGGACUUGGGGGUUUGCCUGGAGUAUGAGUGUAAAAGAAAACAGCUGUUAAAACCUUUGUUUUUAAACUAUUGGAUUGAUCUCAGAGCAACUUACAAGCUUUUCUACAGGAGAAAACCAAAAGGGCUAAGUGGUGCUUUGCAAGAAGUGGGAAUAGAAUUCUCAGGACGAGAACAUUCUGGGUUAGAUGAUUCUCGGAAUACUGCUCUUCUUGCUUGGAAAAUGAUCAGGGAUGGCUGUCUAAUGAAAAUUACAAGGACCAUCCAUAAGGUUCCUACUAAGAAGAAUUCCAGCAUUUCAGCCACAAAUGUCAAUAUAAAUCAAGUUAAAGAAACGUCUACUCACAACAUUAGCACCCACAGUCCUAGUAUAUUUGAACAGGAUCCUAAAAAUACAACAAAUGCUCAUGAAAAGGUUCAAAUGAGCUCAGUUUUUGUGAAUUCCCCUAUAAAGGCACAGAAGGAUCAAUUACAAGUAAACAGUGAUAUAAAAGCAGGUCUUCAAAAUGUCAAAAAAAGUUGUUUAUCUCUUUAUAAUACUAAACCCUCUACUUCCCUGGGACAAUUACCAUCUCCUGCCUUGAAUUCACCUCUUUACAAGCAGAAGCAAAGAAAAAGUGACCAUUUUGCAUCUAAUGCCAAAUCUAACUCUUCGACAUUGGGUUCUAAAUUGGUACUUGUUGCCACUACCAUUCCCUCUGUUAAUCAUGUUUCUGGUAUGGAAAUGAGUUCUGCUCUUGAGUGUUCGCCUAUGUUGGUUGAUUGGGAAGAUGCAGUUUUAUUGCCAGCAUCUCAGCCUGAGCAAAAUAAAGAUUGUUUGCCUCCUAUUGAUGACACAAACUUAGACAUUUUAUCUAAUUAUGGAGAAAGAUCAGUGGAUUUAAAUGAAUCAGAAAUGUUAAAUAAUAAAAACUUCAGAGACAUGGAAGAAACUCCUGAAAAAAUUGAGACUAAUAAGUCUGUUGUAUACAAGAGCCCUCACACUACCAUUUAUAAUGUGAAAGAAUCCAAACAUCUAGAUUCAGAUGUUUCUGCCUUCAAACUACCUGAACACAAAUCGUGUGCCUUUAAUAAUGUUAACACCAGUGUAUCGCAUCCUUUGGUUUUGAGAAAACAUGCCCUUUUAGGUAAUACUAAAAGGAACUCAUCUAGUUCCCCAGCUUUCCCACCAGCAAAAAAACAGAUUUUCACCGUUCAUGAAGAAAAGUCUAUGUCAUCUGAUUGCUCCCCCAUAAGAAGUUCUUCCCAGAAGACUUUCCCCUCUGUAUUAACAUCCACAGUUAAUGUACAAGAGCAGUGGAAGAGUACAAAAAUGACACCUCCCUUAUGCAAGUGUGGCCGAAGAUCUAAGAGGCUUACUGUUUCUAAUAAUGGACCAAACCAUGGAAAAGUCUUUUAUUGUUGCCCUAUUGGGAAAUACCAAGAAAACAGAAAGUGUUGUGAUUAUUUUAAAUGGGAACAAGCACUUCAAAAGGAAAGAGCCAAUAGCAUUGUUCAAUCUCAUUCCACGGGGAGACUCACUUUUAGUUCUCCAGAAACAAGACAUACUCGUAACAGAAAUUUAAGUGUUUCUACUAAAAAUUCUUUGAGACUCAGACCUUCAAUGAGAAAUUGAUUUAAAAAUUUUUUUUCCUUACAUCUGGAGUAUAUUCUCACUUUCAUAUAAUUUCUGUGUGACUUUUGGCACAGGAAAGAUAAAAUGUAUAGGGUUAUAAGUUAUAGAGACUGCACAUUUGAGCUCUAUACACACGUACAAACUAAAAAGAGAAAAUAACUCAGAACUUUGCCCUUCGCCAAAUUAUUUACCAGUUUUCUUUUGUUUGUAUAUGUGUGAAUCCUAAUUGUUCCUUAAAUUCCAAAACAUGAGUAUUCUAAUAAUACCUUGAAAUUUUAUCUUUUAUACAUUGUUUGAUGAAUUUAUUAUGCUUGUUUUGAAGAACCACAAAUAAAAUAUUUAUGUAAACUGUAUUUAUUAGGUUAAAUAUAAACAAUAAUAGUACAUAUCUUUUCUAGUUAACUUUGCAACAAAUCUUAGAGUGAAAAUUUGGUGA